AGAUACAGGCUCUAAUAGAGAUUCAGGCUCUAAUGGGAAUUUAGGCUCUAAUGAGGAUUCUGGCUUUAAUAGAAAUUUAGGCUCUAAUAGGGAUUUAGGCUCUAAUGAGGAUUCAGGUUCUAAUAAUAGA